UCAGAACAAUAUGAUCAGUCAUAAUAUCUGAUUAUCAUUUUGUUGAAAUAUUGAUAUGCCCAUUAUUACUUGAAUGUACAAAGUUAAUAUUUAACAGUAGUAAAUGUACUAAAAUGUUUUGGUGUCAAUUGCAUGAGGUGGGCAGAAUGACAACUGAUUAAAAUAUGUAAGCAAAUUAAUCAUUUUAUGACCUCUAAUAAUAAUAAACCAAUAAUUUAUCAUGAUUUUAAGCUCAUAUAAUUGACCAUCUUAGUAUUUUUAAGAUUUAUUUUGCUUACUUUUAAAAUGUAACAAAAUAAACUGAAAAGUGCCUGUAUACAUGGUAUAUGAAGAAAUCUGAAACAGAAUGAGGUAUUUAAAAAUAAGCAACUUUCCUAUCUAUCAGUGACAUACAGAGAUAUCAGUAACAUUCAGAGAAACCAAGAUAUCAGUUACAUACCAAGAUAUCAGUGACAUACAUAAAUACCAGCUUUGAGAUAUCAGUUACAUUCAGAGAUACCAAGGUAUCAAAGACAUGCAGAGAUACCAAAAUAUCAGUAAUAUACAGAUAUACCAAUGUAUCAGUGACAUUCAGAGAUACUAAGAUAUUAGAGACAAAAAGAGAUACCAGGAUAUCAGUGACAUGCAGAGAUACCAAGAUAUCAGUGACAUUCAGAGAUACUAAGAUAUUAGAGACAAAAAGAGAUACCAGGAUAUCAGUGACAUGCAGAGAUACCAAGAUAUCAGUGACAUUCAGAGAUACUAAGAUAUCAGUCAUAUUCAGAGAUACUAUGAUAUUAGAGACAUUGAUUCAGAGAUACUAAGAUAUCAGUGACAUACAGAGAUACUAAGAUAUCAGUGACAUACAGAGAUACUAAGAUAUCAGUGACAUACAGAGAUACUAAGAUAUUAGAGACAAAAAGAGAUACCAGGAUAUCAGUAAUAUACAGAGAUACCAAUGUAUCAGUGACAUUCAGAGAUACUAAGAUAUUAGAGACAAAAAGAGAUACCAGGAUAUUAGUGACAUGCAGAGAUACCAAGAUAUCAGUGACAUGCAGAGAUACCAAGAUAUCAGUGACAUACAGAGAUACUAAGAUAUCAGUCAUAUUCAGAGAUACUAUGAUAUUAGAGACAUUCAGAGAUACUAAGAUAUCAGUGACAUACAGAGAUACUAAGAUAUCAGUGACAUACAGAGAUACUAAGAUAUUAGAAACAUUCAGAGUUACUAAGAUAUUAGAGACAUACAAAGAUAUCAAUUCUUCUGUGACAUACAGAGAUACCAAUGCAUCAGUGACAUUGAGAGAUGCCAAGAUAUCAGUAACAUACAGAGACACCAAUGCAUCAAAAACAUACAGAGACACCAAUGUAUCAGUGGCAUACAAAGAUACCAAUGUAUCAGAGACAUACUGAGAUACAGAGGUAUCAGUGCAAUACAGAGAUAUUAAUGUAUUAGUGACAUACAGAAAUACCAAUGUUUCAGUGACAUACAGAGAUACCAUGAUUUCAAUGACAUACAAAGAUGCCAAGACAUCGGUGACAUACAGUGAUAGAGAUCAGUUGUGUACAGAUAUAUACUAGUAGAUUACAUUGUAUGUGUAUACACUAUUAUUAGACAUACUAAAAUAGAGAUGUAUGGUACUUAACGGUUUCAGUCGUUUUCAGAUUUAUAGAUUUCAUAGUACAUGUGUACCUAAAUUAUGGGGAAAUAUCUCACAUACAAAGAUAAAUUGUUUUUGGAUAUCAGUUGUGUACAGAUCUAUAGUUAUACCAAGAUAUCUAUGAUUUACAGAAAUAGAGCAGUUAUUAGAAAUCAAUGACAUGCAGAAAACUGGACACAUCCACCAAAGGCUGAUGGACGUCCAACAACUAUGAUGUAGUCUGUACAAUGGAGAAAACCAAAGUAUCCUCUGUGUAAUGUUCUACCUGAUUCAAAUCAAAAUCCAGUGAUAUUAUAUGGAGCUACCAGGGGACUAAGCCAGGCUGCCUGUGAGACAACAAAGCUAACCUGAGCCAAGCGCAUGGAUAAAUGCUGAGAUGUAUUGUUUGAAAAGAAGGCAACACCUGAAACACAGCUGUAGUUAGAUGGAGACUCGUGCUCACCAUGCCAGUACGAGAUGUCAGAAAACACAGGGACCUUCACUUGGAAAGAAAACAUGUUUACAAUGUGUACGACCAGAUUGCUCCAAAGUUCAGCGAGAUUUCACAGAAGGCUUGGCCGAAUGUCCGCAGGUUUCUCAAGGACUUGCCCCCUGGUUCUGUAGUUGCUGAUAUAGGGUGUGGUAGUGGUCGAUAUCUCCACAUCAACAGUAAGGUGUCAAAAAUCGGAGUGGAUAUCUGCACACCUUUGGUAGAAGGUGCAAGGAAGAAGGGUCAUGAGGUACUGGUGGCCGACAAUCUGACUCUCCCCUUCAGAGAUGGCGCGUUUGAUGCUGUCAUCUCCAUCGGAGUCAUCCAUCACUUCUCCAGUCAGAGUCGGAGACUGCAAGCUGUGAAGGAGAUGUGUCGAUUACUUAGGCCGGGUGGUCAAAUCAUGAUUUAUGUAUGGGCUUUUGAACAGAAACAUCGAAAAUUUAAAGCUCAAGAUGUCUUGAUUCCUUGGCAUGGUAAUCAAAGCAACAAAAGAUCAGGCUCCUUAGAUUUGUCCAGCAAUGCCAGUUCAGACAGCGAGUCAUCAAUAGACACAGAGGACUCCAGAAAGUCAAUCCAAAACUUAAAUCGCACACUCUCAGACCCAGGCACUGAGCACGACGAGACACAGCUACAGGCGUACCUGAGAACUGUCACCCAGAGGUCUCAGUUUACUCAGAAACACAGGUGUAACACCCUCCCUAGCUCAUUGGAGGGACUUUCUGGGGAGGAGUCUCAUGACGAAACGAUGCCCAGUGUUUUGGCUGCAGAGUGUAGAAAAUUUGAAGCGUCACUAAAAGCUAUGUCCUCCAGUAUGUUCUACCUCAGUGAAAACGAGCAGAGACAAGCAUCUGAAUACAGACAGGACUAUAUUGAUAGGGUGGAGGAUUCAUCCUUUCAUAACACACGCAUUAGUCAUCAUAUGGCAGCUAAGAUUCCAGUGUUGGAUGAUUCUCUCCCACCUUUAAGAAACCAAAGUACAGCUCAAGUCUCAGCAUCAACAGCAAGAGAAGAGAGUUUACUGAAAAAGCAUUCCGGAGAUCUUGAAACCAAUGGAUUCCAAAGUGAUAAGUGUAAACAAGGAAAUGCAAGAAUUAACAAAGCAAAGGAUUUGUGUUCUUCACAUGAAUUUUCUGCAGAUCUUCAGGAUAACAAUGCAAGCAAAUCAAACUUCAUAUGUGACCUUUGCCCAGAGCAUAAGCCAAGCCUUGGCCAGUAUUUUUGUAUGAAUAGUGACUUGCAUAACAAAUCAUAUGCUUUAAUGGAAGACAGUGUGAAAGAAAAGAAAAAUAAGUUGACAUUAUUUGCCUCAAUCAAAGAGAGUUUUCUUAACUUCUUUGAAGGGAAGUCAUCGAAAAUGAAGAAGCCAAAAUUGGAGAUGCCAUUGUGUGAAAGUGAAGAUGUUGAUGUAAGUGAUUUUGCUGUGAGGGAGUUUCCAAUGAGCAGUUGUCCAAACUAUAGAAAGGAGAUUACUUCAGAGGAUUCAGAAGAAGUCUUUUUGAGCAAUGAAUCCCCAGACACAGGGGUCAUUUGCAUGAAAGAUAAAGCCAGUGAUUUUCAUGGUCAUCAAACAUCCACCAAACUUUCAAGACCUAAUGGUGCACAACUUAAGCAUUCCAUGUCUGACAUAUCACCUUCAAAACUACAGUCUCUAAAACGUUUUGAUCACAUGUCUACAGAUAGUCUUAAAACAAGAACUCAGGUUAUUGGCAUGUCUCGCCAACAUUCUCACAGCUUGCCAACGGUGAACCAAUUUACAGAGCCAGUUCAAGUCUCUUAUCCCCCCGCUUCUGUGCCUUCCUCGCCUGCAAUUAGAAACGAAUUUUUUAAGAAUUCUACAGAACUUAGCAGAUUUUAUCAUGUAUUUAAAGAUGGGGAGUUGUCAAAACUUAUUUCAAAGCAGGUUCCUAAUGUUAGAAUUGUAAGUUCUACCUAUGAUCAUGCCAACUGGUGCAUUGUUGCAGAAAAAUGCCUGACAUCUUGAGUGAGAGAAAAAUUUAUCCCAUCUUUAUUUCUUACAAUGUUAUGUUGGUAUUGUUUGUCACAAAAUACCAUUUAUAUAUUUUAAUAGAAUAUUUAUGUGAAUAGUUGCAAAGCCUGUGAAUAUUUUUAGUCAUUCAUGUCUUUCAUUGCAGCUGGUGCAUUUUAUCCAUCAUUGAAAACAUCUUCUGCACAGCCUUGUUGAAGCAGAGCUACUUAACAAAAUAAACUAUAGGUUUUCAAUGGGUUUUUAGCCUUAAAGGAUCUCAGAAUUAAAGAAUGUUAGUUAUUUUAUAUCUUUAUUUUUACACCUUGUUAGAUCCUAAAUAUGAGUAUUAUAGCUAAGCCAAAUUUUAUUAUUAGGUGCUCGAUGAGAUGUUCUUGUACUGCCAUAAAACUGAUAUUGUACGCAUAGUUAUCAUUUCCAUGCUGAGCAAAAAAGUGAAAGGAAGAAUACAUGUGCGAGAGGUGAAAUGCUUUAUAGAGUCUGCACCAGUUUACUUUGAUGUACUUUGAUUUACAAAGUAAACAAAUAUUGUAAUGUACUGUAAAUGUGGUAACUGUUUUUGUUGUGUGGUAUAUUAGUAUCAAAUCGUUUUACACUGUGUGCAGCAUUUAUCAUACUGGAAAUCCAUCAUAACAAAGAAGAAUGACAGCAGGGAAAUUUUGGUUGGAAUACUCAAUAAUUACUUAGAUACUUAAAGUCAUAUCUGCAGGGAUAUUUAUCCCUAUGAUAUCUGUAUGAUCACUCUAAUUUCUGUAGAUUUGAUAGAAAUUGGUAAUUAGCAAUGCAUUUAUUUUUUCUAAGUUAUCCCCCUUCACCACCUUGGUGCAGAUCCAAUUUUAUACACAUUCCAAAUUUUAAACUGGAUUUUUUUUUUUUUUGAAGCCUGAUUUUGAUGAUGACUUCUCUGUAUCAGUUAAGUUAUUGAUUACGCAGCUAUGUGCCACACAACAUGUCCAUCAAUGGGAACAACUCUUGCUUUGCAUGCCUACUUAUUUUUACAUUAAUUUAUGAUAUUAAUUGUCUCUGUAAAAAUUUGGUUUUUUAUUUGUUGUAAAGCUACACAGUAAGAGAUCAUGAUUCAUAUGUGUAAAAGAGAUGAUCGAUAAUACAGUCUGUAUUCUCUAGGCCAAGCCAGUCAAAACAACAUAGCUCUAAAACUUUGAUAUAAUAGUACAGUUUAACUUCGAUAUCUUGAACACUGAUAUCUUGAAUACAAUGGAUAUGUCGAAGUGAUAUAUCCCAACCACUUUUUUUUAAAGUAUUUUUACCCUUGAUAUCUCGAAUACUCGGAUAUCUCUAAAUUUUAAACAGUACCAUCUAGAUCGAGAUAACAAAGUUUGACUGUAGUUGUACAUAUUGCCUUCAGUUGUCUUUUUGUGCCUUCGCAAUGAAGAACUUUUAUUUGUGCUUAGAGUGGCAAAACACAGUUCGUGAUAUUUCCGUAUGCCAACAUUAUGCACUGAACUCAAUCAAAACAGUUAGAGAAGAUAUAACAUUGAACUUCCUUAUCUUGAAUAUUUCUCAAAUACCAGGACUAUGUUGAAUUGAAUUUAUUUAGAAUUCACAAUGUUUCUUAAUACAUUACAGCCUAGUUAGGUUUUGCUUGGCUCUGUUUAAUUUGAGAUAACAAGGUUUAACAAUGCAUGUAUGAUAUUGAUAUUAUAGGAUCGAAACUUGAUAAAACAUGUACCAAUUUCCUGUUACCCAACAUCGUGGGAAAAUUGAUUUUCAUGUUUUUAAUGUACUAGUUAUAGGUACAUGUAAGGUACAACUGUACUGGUACAUGAUGAUUUGAAAAACAAUCCUACAUGUAAUAUAUUCAUGGUUGUUUAGGAGCAGAGCUUGCUUUUCAUGCUUUUUGGAAUCAAAAACCUCUUGACAUUGAUUUUAUAACAAAAUUUGCUCAUCAACAUAUCUGGGUUUUUUGUUGUGUCAAAUGUUUGUGUUGAAGUAAUUGGGAUUGAGUUAUUUUAUGUAGUUUAAUUUUCAUUGUUAUAUUUUUAACCACCAAAAAAUGUUGGGUUUUUUUUCUCACAAUCAACAAAUCACAGAUUUGUAGAACAUUCCUUGGGCAAAGAUUUACUGUAUCAUAAUUCCCAUGACAAGUAUUUAACUGCUUUUAGGGUGGAAUAACACACCUGGAAAAAGUCCCUCAAAUUAACAGGAAAUUUUUUGAUAAUGAAAGAAAUAGUGAUAAAUAAACUGUACAAAUGUCAAAUAAGAGAAAAAUUUGCAGUUUGGGGAUAAAAAUUAAUAUCUGAAAUAAUUAUUCCAGUAAGUAACAACAAAAGCUCCUGCGGGAUUCGAACUCAGGAUGUACGGAUCACAUGUCCGGUUCUUUAUCCACUCGGCUAUGGAGUAAGUUAUAUGCUUUAGUCCACAAAAUCCUUUAAAUAAAACGAAAUGUCGUUUCGAUCAGCGGUCAGCCAUUUUGUGAUGAUGUGUUAUUCCACCUUAAUAUCUGUAUCAUGUGAUUCCAAAAGUUAAAACAACUCACUCAGAGGAUGAGAUUAAUGUUAAAGUUAACAUAUCAGUUUGUUUAUGGCAUUUUCUACAUGUGCAAUAUAUUUAAAGGAUCUUUUAUAUAUUUCUAGUCUUAAGAGUAAUUUUUCAGUCAGAUUUUGAGAUGACUGAUGUUGGUUUUUACAAGUCUUUCAAAGAGAUAAUCUUGCUAAAAUCAGUGGAACUUAUAUAAGACAAUAACACGGAUGCGUUAGUAGAGAUGUGGCAAAGUUUUAACAUUUUAAUCUUGUCAUGAGCCAAUGUUUGUUAUGUGACAAGUAAAAUAUAAAUCUCCAA